GCGGUGCCGGGCUCGCAUUGGCCCAGCGGGCGCUCCUCCUCUCGGGGUCGGCCCCACGCGGGGGGAACGCGCCAUCGCCUAGCGGCGGGAGGCGGAGGCGACCUUCGCGACCGAGAAGACAUGGCCGAGUACACGCGGCUGCGGAACUGCUUGGCGCUGAUCCGCCUCCGAAACCCGCCGGUCAACGCCAUCAGUACGGCUGUACUCCAUGGAAUACGAGAGGGACUGCAGAAAGCUGUAACAGACCAUACAGUAAAAGCCAUUGUGAUUUGUGGAGCGGAUGGCAAAUUCUCUGCAGGUGCUGAUAUCCACAGCUUCGGGACACCUAGAAAGUCUGACUUCGUACUGGGACAUGUAGUAGAUGAAAUACAGAGAAAUGAGAAGCCUGUGGUGGCAGCUAUUCAAGGCCUGGCUUUAGGAGGGGGACUGGAGCUGGCCCUGGGCUGUCACUAUAGGAUUGCCCACGCAGAGGCUCAAAUUGGCUUCCCAGAAGUCACAUUGGGAAUCCUUCCUGGUGCAAGAGGAACCCAGCUUCUCCCCAGACUCAUUGGAGUUCCUGCUGCACUUGACUUAAUUACCUCAGGAAGACAUGUUUUGGCAGAUGAAGCCCUCAAGCUGGGUAUUCUAGAUGAAAUUGUGAACUCAGACCCGGUUGAAGAAGCAAUCAAAUUAGCCCAGAGAAUUUCUGAUCAGCCUUUAGAAUCCCGUAGACUCUGCAACAAGCCAAUUCAGAGCUUGUCCAACAUGGACAGCAUUUUCAGUGAAGCCCUUCUGAAGAUGCGGAAGCAGCAUCCUGGGUGCCUUUCUCAGGAGACGUGUGUCCGUGCAGUCCAGGCUGCCGUCCAGUAUCCCUAUGAAGUGGGCAUCAAGAAGGAGGAGGAGUUGUUCAUGUACCUUCAGAAAUCAGGGCAGGCUAGAGCCCUGCAAUAUGUUUUCUUUGCGGAGAGGAAUGCCAGUAAGUGGUCAACCCCCUCGGGAGCAUCCUGGAAAACAGCAACGGCACAGCCCAUCUCCUCGGUUGGCGUUGUCGGCUUGGGAACAAUGGGCCGGGGCAUUGUCAUUUCUCUUGCGAAGGCCAAGAUCCCCGUGAUUGCUAUGGACUCGGACAAGAAGCAGCUAGAGACUGCCGAUAAGAUAAUAACCUCCCUCCUGGAAAAAGAAGCAUCCAAAAUGCAGCAUAACAGCCACCCUUGGUUAGGACCCAAACCCAGGUUAACUGCAUCUAUGAAGGAGCUUGGUGGUGUGGAUUUAGUCAUUGAAGCAGUAUUUGAGGAAAUUAACCUGAAGAAGCAGGUCUUUGCUGAACUGUCAGCUGUGUGCAAGCCAGAAGCUUUUCUGUGCACCAAUACUUCAGCCUUGGACAUUGAUGAGAUUGCUUCUUCCACUCAUCGCCCUCACUUGGUCAUUGGCACUCACUUCUUCUCACCAGCUCAUGUGAUGAAGUUGUUAGAGAUUAUUCCCAGCCAGUACUCUUCCCCCACUACCAUUGCCACAGUUAUGAAUUUAGCAAAAAAGAUUAAAAAAAUUGGAGUAGUUGUAGGUAACUGUUUUGGAUUUGUUGGCAAUCGAAUGUUGAAACCUUAUUACAAUCAGACGUAUUUCUUGUUAGAAGAAGGCAGUAAGCCAGAGGAGAUUGAUCAGGUGCUGGAAGAGUUUGGUUUCAAAAUGGGACCUUUUAGAGUGUCAGAUCUUGCUGGAUUGGAUGUGGGUUGGAAAUCUCGACAAGGGCAAGGUCUUACUGGACCUAUGUUGCCUUUAGGAACUCCUGCCCGAAAGCGAGGCAAUGGGAGAUACUGCCCAAUUCCUGAUAUGCUCUGUGAAUCAGGACGAUUUGGCCAGAAGACAGGUAAGGGUUGGUACCAAUAUGAUAAGCCAUUGGGUAGGAUUCACAAACCUGACCCCUGGCUUUCUGAAUUUCUGUCACAGUACAGAGAAACGUAUCACAUUGAGGCACGUAUCAUUAGCCAGGAUGAGAUCCUUGAGCGCUGCUUAUAUUCACUCAUCAACGAAGCAUUCCGUAUCUUGGGAGAAAGGAUGGCUGGUACUCCAGAGCACAUCGAUGUUGUCUAUUUACACGGGUAUGGAUGGCCAAGGCACAGGGGUGGGCCCAUGUUCUACGCCUCCACAGUUGGGUUGCCCACAGUGCUAGAGAAGUUGCAAAAAUAUUACAGGCAGAAUCCUGAUAUUCCACAACUAGAGCCUUGUGACUACCUGAAAAAAUUGGCUUCCCUGGGCAAUCCUCCUCUGAAAGAAUGGCAAAGCUUAGCAGGACCCCCUAACGGUAGAUUAUGAUUCAGCCUUCCAGGUUAUGCCUCAUGGAAUUUCAUUGAUAUUAAAUCCAAAGAUCCAAAAUAAGAUUGCUCUGAAAUACAAAGCAGAAGAAAUAAGUGGUUGGCUAAACCUUCUCUUUGGGUCUUCUGUCUGAUUAUUCUAAUGGGUCAAAUCUUUAGGAAUGUGCUUCCUAUGCCUCUGAGUCUGUCUUUAUCAGAUAAAUCAUUUUGAUCCCAGUGAAUAAACUUGUAUUAAUACCGUAAUAGCUAAGGAGAGAGACUCAGGAUUAAGUUGAGGUUUCCAAGUGCUUUGAUCAUUGGAGAUGUAUGUCAACAAUUAAUCACUGAUAAAUGCCACUAAGCCACAAAUUCAUUCUGACCCCUUUUCACCUCACACACACGGCCCUGAUAGGAAAUCUUAUGGGUCCUCUACUCAACAAACAUUCACUGUGCACCUCCUGAGCAUUUUGCCCAGCACUUGGCAAACCCAGAGUCUAGAGGGGCAUUAAUUCAGCGGGGAAAGCUGUGAUGAAGCUUAGGCCAUAGUCUCAGAGGUGCAGUGGAGAUAGUUGGCAGGGCCGAGUCAGCAGGGAGGGUCUCUGUGAGUACAGAACAUCACCCACGGGGAGGCGGAAGGAGUAACCAGAAAGAAAGGCAGGGUGUCAAAGGUAUAACAGUGCUAAUGUUAUAGGCAGAACCCAGGUGGGAAGUAGUGAGGGCGUCAAGUGCUUCAGACUAGAAUGGGGAACUCAGAGUAGCUUGGCAGCUCAUACUUGGCGUAUGACUUCUGUCCACAGAGCGGUUACAUAUGCACAGUCUUGCUUGCUGCUCGCAAGGGGCUCAGUAAUGUUUGUUGAUAACUUCCUGGGGACCAGGUGAUGUCUAUCAUUCUUUUCUAUGCAUGGAGAAGUAACAGAAAGUAGCAAUUGUUGACUUCAUGUAGGAAGGGAUCUUAUCUUAGAAAACAUGUCUAACCUCCUCUGAUUCUAUGAUAGAGUCAUGAUGCCAGUCUCUCUGUCAUGAUGAGCCUCUGUGAUGCUGGGUAUGGAAAUUGUUGAAUCUUGGAAAGUCUGAAAUUACUGCAAAACAGAUUCUGUAUAGUUUUGUUAUAAGAGUUCUUCUCUUUUUACUUUUUUGUGGGGUUAAAAGUUGAGGGGCUGGUCAACACGAAAACUGGUCCACGAGUGUUUAUAGCAGUAUUGUUCAUAAUAGCCCCAAAUUGGAAACAACCUAAAGCUCCAUCAACAGAUGAAUGGAUAAACAAAGUGUGGAAUAGUCAUAGGGUAGAAUAUUUGGCCAUAGAACGAAAUAAAGUAAGCAUAGAUACAUGCUAUGACAUGACGAGCCUUCAAAAUACUAUGCUAAAUCAAAGACGCCAAUCACAAAAGGCCAUAUGUUGUAUGGACAUUUAUGUGAAAUAAAAUAGGCAAAUCUAUAAAGACAGAAAGCAGAUCAGAGGAUGCCUAAGGCUGGAAUCAUUAGGAGCUAGGGAAUGAGGAGGGACCUAAUGAGGACAGGUUUCUUUUUGGGUUGAUGAAAAUGUUCUGAAAUUAUUGUGGUGAUGGUUACAUAACUCCGUGAAUCUACUAAAAACCAUUGAGUUGUGUAAUUUUAAAUGGGUGAAUUGUAUGGUAUGUGAAUUAUAACUCAGAAUUGUCAAUAAAUAAGCAAAUAAACAGAUGGGCUCAA